UUGGAUUGUUUUAAGCUAUGCCUCAUAAACAGAGGACGAAGAAAACUACUACUGCGAAGACCGCUCAAGUUGGAACAGAAUCAAGGCCUACUUCUACUGAAGAACCACGGACUCAGGUACAACACACCACCGGUGAAACAGAAAAGGAGACCGCAGCAGCAUCAGCCAUUUCUAAAGGAAAAGAUCAAUAAGAACUGCGCAAGCGUAAAGGAACGAGCAUGCGCAAGAGAGAGCAACUAGAACUACAAAACCCAGCAACGACUGAAACCGACAGUGAAAGUGAGUCUGAGAGAGAGCCGGACUCUCUGGAAAAAUCAGACAAAGAUGGAGAAGAAGAAGAAGAUGAAAGUUCCUCUGAAAAUACAAAAAAGGCUUUGAGGCAAAUAAUGCAUAAAUUUGGAAAAUUAGAAAAAGUAAUUAAAAUUAACCAAAAAGUAAUUAAAGAAAAAAUAACAAAUAUGGAGGCUAUGAUUGAUAAAAUGACAAAGAAACAGGAAAAAAUGGAAAAGAAAAUUACAGAUUUGGACGUCAAAAUGGAAGAAAUGGAUGGAAGAAUGAAGAAGAUGGAAGAUGAUAAUGAUGCCUGGACAUCAGAAAGAAAACAACUCGUGGGAAAAAUUGAUAAGCUUGAAAAUUUUAGUAGACGCAACAAUAUUAAAAUUGUUGGACUUAAAGAAGGUACCGAAGGAGAAGACCCAAUAAAUUUUUUUCAAAAAUGGAUUCCUGAAAAAUUGGAAAUGGGAGAAGAAACUUUAAUUGAGAUUGAAAGGGUGCACAGAGCCUUAAGACCAAGAUCUCAAGAUGAUCAAAAUCCGCGAUCAAUUUUGAUAAGAUGUUUAAGAUACCAGGAUAAAGAAAAGAUUUUGAGGGCGGCUGCCCAGGGUGCUAAAAGAAGAAAAGGUCCGUUGAUGAUAGCAGAGAAACCAGUUCUUUUUUAUCCUGAUUCUGUAAGCUAUUGCUGGCUGGCUUUUGGACAGAUCGGCGCGAGGGGGUGAGAGAGAGGACGCAAUGCUGUAAGCUGGGCGAGGAAUGGACCUCAAGCGGGGGUCCGAGGCCAGGAGGUACUCCGAGGAGAGGGGAUGAAGCUAGAUGUACUUGGUUGACCACUUCAGAUGGUCCUAAGCUGCGAGUUGAGGAGUUCGGAGGGGAUCGAAUGGUGGGCAAAAGACUUCAGUAAUUGAGCUCCAAUGGUUGUGCACGAAGUGGUUUGGACUUUGAUAAGUUUGGCGCCUUUUCAUAUUUUUUUCUUCAUAUAUACUGUAUUGUUAUUAAUCACUUAGUUAUAGUAACCUUUAUAAAUUGUACUCAUUUAAUCGCA